UAAAUGCACAUUAUUAAAUGUAGUAAUAAAAUGGCGAGUUAGUUUGUUGACGUUCAUUUUAAGAUUCUUUUUAGAGUGAGUGUAGGAAGAUUUUUUAAUUUAAUUAAUAACGUAUAAGAAUAUUAGUUUAUAUAUGAAAUAGCUGGCUUGUUCAUGUGACAUGAGUUCAAUUAAUUCGAUGACUGAACUUAUCCAAAAUAUUUCUACAUUCGCUGAUGGAGAUCAUAAUUGCACUGCUAUUGAUAAGACUACCGGGAAAACUUGCGGUGAAUUAGAAAGUUUAAAAAUUAUUGAUGAGUUUCAAAAAUUAUAUGAGAGUCGUAUCCAGAAUGUUGAUCAAGAAAUCGACAAUGAAUUUGAUCGUGUCAUUACAAAAUUGGAAAUUUCGAGGGAAUGGAUUAAGAAUUUAAGGGAGCAAAAUGUCAUGCUGGUACAGAUUGUGGAGGAUUUAGAGCAUGCUGCUUGUAACAGGGUGAAAUUAUUGAAACAAAAGUUAAAGCAAUCGUCCAUAAUAGUAUCUGAAAAUUUAACAAAAUCAGGCUAUACAGAAAAGACUAUAAAUACGCUUACACAUCGUGUAAGUAAUUUGCAAAAGGAAGAGGAAUAUAUGCGCCACAGGAUAGAGUUUCUACAAAAUGAUAUAAAAGAAUUAUUGGAAUUGAUAAGACGUGCGUCGCAAGAAAACCGUUGGAAUUUAGAUGGGUUGAAGUUUAUAGAAAUUCAACCUACCGAUAUACCUGCUCCUCUCGAUUGUUCUUGUGGCCAGGAAGAAAUAAACCAGACAAGGAUUCAAUCUUUGAGAUUGCAAAUUGAACAGCUUCAAGAAAAUGAAAAUAAAAUGGUUGGGUAUCAAAAGGAACUGGAAGAAAAAUUGGCCGACCUUACAAAGAAAUUAGAAACUAAGGAAGAUACUAUUGAUAAAUUUUUAAUUAAAAAUCAAAACUUUGCUGAUAACGUUAGGAAAUUUACCCAAAUUGAAAAUGAAACUACAUGUAAUUCAAUUUUAACAAAUGACCAACAAACUUCUGAUGUGCCACAUGUUACUUAUGUCGAUACCGUCACUAUUCAAGAGAAUCACAUAAUAUCAUACUUAACUAAAGUGAAGUCGUUAAUGGAACAGGACGAGCAAAAUAUUUUUAAACUAAAAGAAGACCUGGAGAAAGCUAUGGAAAAAUUAUGCUGUGAAAACAACGAAGCCACAAACAUACAGUACGAACUAUGUCAAAACAUUGACAAUAUAAAAAAAGUAUGCCCCGAAAAGUUUAUUAUGAUGAAUAUUAAUUUUAUAUAUACACUACUUUAUAUUAAUUAUGUAAAAUAUUUACAGUAUGUUAAUUUAGAUGAAGAAACUAUUAAUGUACAAAAUCAAUUAAUAAGAAAUCGAGAGAAAAUGAUAGAAAUACUAGAUAGAUUGCAUUUACAAGAAGAAGAAAGAUCAAGACAUAAUGAAAAAAUUACUUCAGGAAAAAUCAAACUGAAGGACAUUAAAGAUGAAAUGAAUCAUGCUCAAGUCCGAUUAUCAAUGCAUUUACAAAAAAUGGGAAGUAAUAUGCAGGAAACCAUCAUGCCUAGUUAUUCCGAAGUGUCUUUGUGCAAUGAUCUAGUGUGUUCGGUCAUAAAGGAAAUAGAACAAACUUCAAAUAGUCUACAAGUGUUUGAAAAUCAAGAAUGCUGCAUUACUACGAACAAGGAAGAACUAAUAUAUCAAUUGCGUGAAAUAGAGUCAUGUAUAAUAGGAUUAGAGAAAAAGAUUAAUGAAGCAGUUAGUAUACAUAUUGAGAAAUUCAAAACAUUAAAAGAAGAAUUAGAUGUAAUCCACUCAAAAAUAGAACAUUUAUCAGAAAUAUUUUUCAACUUAAAAGAACAGACAUGCGACAGUAACGGUGCAGAAUCUCAGCUAUAUACACAGACUUGGAAUGAAAUAUUGCAAACUAAACAGGAUUUGCACAAAUUAAAAAAGGGGCAUGACGAGUUAAAGUACAAAAUGUCACAAAAAACGCUUCAAACAGAAUGCGAUGAUAAAUGCCUAUGGAAGUCCAGAGUUAUUGAUUUACAGGGACAAGUUAAAAUAUUACAACAUGAGAUAAAAUGCAAACAAGAGACAAACGAGUUUUUAAAAAGUAGUAUUGAAUCGACGGAGGUGGAACUUCGUUCCGCACGAUUAAGGGCAGAAAACUACAAACGAUCUCAUUCCGUGGACAGCAUAGAAUUAAAGAAAAAGAUCAUACAAUUAGAAAAUACACUUAAAUUACAAGAAGAAAGGGAAUGUACACUUCGACAACAAUUACGCGAGAGUGAAGCAGAAUUCAACAAAUCGAAAGAAUUUCUGAAUUCCUUCAAAAACGAAUGUAGUAUCGAAGAAUCAUUGUUACGAUAUGGUUGUAAUCAAGUUAAACACGAUACAAUGACUGUACCACAGAUAUUUAAAAUCUUGGAAAACACCAUAAAAUCUACCAAACGUGAUAUACAGGAUGUUAAGACAGAGUUUAAAAAAUUGAUUUACGAAGGCCAAUCUAAUUUUUGUUCAUCUGCAAGACUACUUAUGAAUCUAACGGACAAGUUACAAAAAUGCGAAGAUGAAUUAGACAGUUGUUCUCAUGAAAUCGAAAAACUUGAAAAUACUUUACAUUCCAAAAAUAAGCUCAUAGAAGAUAGAGACGAAAUGAUCGAAAUUCAAAAAGAGGCAAUUGCAAUGAUGCAAACUGAGAUAAAGGAGCUUCAUCAGAAACUACAAGAAAAGAUCGAUAAUCAGGAUCAAAUACUCACCCAGUAUGAAAAAGAGAAGAAACAACUAUUGAAGCAGAACGAACUUCAAAGUCAAACUAUAGGACAUUUGCAAAAUGCAGUAGUAGAAGCUAAACGAUGUAUAGAUCAAAUGGGACACAGAACUAUGAGCGAUCUUCAGGAAAAAUGUGAAAGUAUUCGUUUACUGACAGUGUACAUAGAAGAAACUCAAAGUCAAUAUAAUGAAUGCUUCUGUGAGGCUGCUAAGCAAGAGAAAUUGUUGGAACUACAAAGGGAGUCAAUUAAUCAACUUCAACGAAAAAUUUCUUACAUAGAUUACCUGUACAAUUAUUUCAGAAAAUUAGUUUCAAAAUGUGAGCAGAGAACAAAACUUAAUAAAGAUAAAGAGUGCCAGUGCAUAAUAGAAGUUGCCGAUAAAGGUUGCAUCACACAAGAUGUAAUUAAUUUCGAUGAUACAAUGUGUGAUAACAUAGUACAAUUCAAGAACUAUUUACAAGAACACGAGUUGCAAUCAGAAAUAGACACUUUAAUUAGAGAAAAUGGAGAUAUGAAGAAGCAAUUGGAAAAAUACAAGUUAGAUUUUGAUAUAAUUGACAAAGAAUUGAAAAUAGAACGAGAAAACGAAACUUAUACGCAGCAAAUUGCAUUUGAAUUACAAAAAAUGAGAGACACAGAAUGUUGUCUACGUUAUGAAAAUGAACAACUGAAAUCUGAUUUGAAGAAGAGAACGAGAGAAGCAGAAAAUUUAAUUGGGAAGAUGCAUGUUUUUAAAGAAAAUGAUAUAAAAUUGGAUAAAUUAGUUAUGGAAUUGGAAGACAAACAAACACAAAUCAGUAAUUUUUACAAACAAAUUAAGAAUAAUGAAAUUGUUAUGAAAAAACAAAUUGAAACUAUCGAAGGUCUUGAAAAAAAAUUAUUUAGAAGCAACGUCCAGGCUCAAGGGUAUCUAACCGAGUUAAAUGAUGCGGAAGAAGAAAUGUCAGCUCUACACGAUAGAAUACAAUCCUUGAAAAACAUGCUGAUAGAAAAGUCAAAUAACAUGACUAAAUUGCAAGCAGAUUAUGAAAUGCUAAAGAAUGAUAAUUCUAUAUUGAAGAUGGAAAACAACGCAUUUGAAAAUAAAUCAAAGGAAGAUGUUUGCCUGUUGAAAAAUAAGUUGAAAGAAAUUCAAAAACAAUUAUGCUGUACCGAAAUGAAUUAUCACAGAGUCACAGAGGAUUUCCAUGAGGUGCAAGAACAAUUGGUAAAAAUGACAAAACGUGAAGCAGAUUUACAAGAAUAUUUGACAAACAUAGAAAAGGAAUAUUGCUCAAAAAUAUCAAAUAUGGAAAAUGAGAAUGCUAAUCUUACAGACUGUUUAAAUAAAUUCAAGGAUGAGUUAAACAAUAUUCAAGGGAAUUAUUUAUCGAAAACUGAUGAUCAUUGUAAACUCCAAGACAUUUGUAAAUCCUACGCCGAACAAUUAGAUAUUUUUCAACAACAAGUUGAAAAAGAACGAGAAAAAUUGAAAGAAUGCAUGGAAGAAAAUUGCCUUCUUAUUAAGGAAAAAGCCAUGGUGGAACAAAACAAUUGUGAAAUUAUUUCCGAAUUACAAGAAACGCAUAAGUCAUUAUUAGAACUUAGAAAAGAAUGUCAGCUGAAAAAUAAAUCUCUUGCUUGUAUAUCGGCAGAAUUAACAGAAACAGCUAAGAGUAGGUCUGAACUUUGUAAUCAAUCUCAGUACAUUGUCUCUUGCAUUCGUAUUUGGAUGAUGGAGCAACGAGACUAUGUUAACAAACUCAGUUCCAAAUUGAAGUGUCAGCAGCAACAAUUACGAGAACUUGAGUUUGAGAAAAAAACUCUUUUAGAAGAAACAAAGAAAUUGAAACACCUAUUAAUUCAGAGAUUGAAACGGAUGAACAGAUAUAGUGGGAAGAAUAUUAAAAACGUUUGUAUCGGUUGCCACAUAUUGCCUCCAGCUAGCACACAAAAUUCUGGCACGCUAGUUUCCACAAAUUCAAAAUAUCUGUACCCACAAAAAAAAUCGAAUUCUACUAAGACAGCACGACGUAUUUCAACGUAUGGCCAUACUUGGUUUUUUCCUAAAAUGAAAUACUUAACAAAUGAGCUUCGAAAGAGUAAUGUAGAGUAUGAAGAAAAUUUCUGUAACAGAGGAAGCACUGAUUCAGCAUUAGAAGAAAGUCGUGAUUGUGGUUAUCAAUCGUCCGCCAGCAAAUGAGAAUAAUACGAAACAAAUAAUUUUAAUAGAAUUAAAAUAAUUAUCUUUUUUAUUAUACUAUCUUUGAAUUUUCUAAUCGAACGUUAUAAUUUUCACUGUUAGUAGAAAAAGGUGCGUUCCUAUAAUUGAUUUUCUUGAAUCCAACUCAACGAGUUAUCCAAAUUUAUAGUGAAAUGAUAAAUUUCAUGACAUAAUAUAUGUAAUAAUACAAGAUUUUCCAAAAAUACUUCAUUAAAUAUUUCGAACACACGUUUACAUUCUACCAUAGAGAAAGCUUCGAUACUGUUUGGAGGAUUCUGAAACGAAAAAUUGGCAUAUGCAUGAAAUAAUUACAUCGUAAACAGUUAUUUUCUUAGAAGUUAGAGCAAUAUUAUAUAAAAAGAUACAAACUAGCACAGCAUGCACCAAAAUACUUUCACGAAAAUACUGAAACACUUCUUCGGCUGUACAAUGUGGAUUGGAAAGGAAAAAUAAAUGUGUUAAGUGGACAACUCCUAAAACUACUGAAACGGCUUUCUCUGUGAAAGAGUAAAAUCUGAAACAUGAUUAAUAUUUAUUUGCAUUCACCGAGCAAGAAAAAUUAUAUAGUAAUAAAUUUAUACCUCGCAAAUUUAAAAAAUUCCCAUAAUACUUUGGCAAAUAUGUGAUUACUUUUACCUUUAUACCGAUAAGAGAAUAUUUUAUCUAUAAAAAGGCAUCACUUUCAUUCAGAACAUAAUUAUUACUUAUAAGACACAUUAGAGUAUAUUUGCAAUAAUUUACCAAAGAGAGACAGUCCCUCGCUCCUCUGACAUUUCUUCAAAUAAAUUAUAUGUUUGUCUGUAAAAUAUUUCCAAAUGCAAACUCCCGGCAAUGGCGGUGUAACAUACCGAUCAUAAACUGGAUUUUUUGGAUGAAUCCAUGCCCCACAUAAAUCGUCAUAAUUUACAUUUGUUUCAAUGUAGAUGUCCGAGCAGACUUUUCGUGGAAUUUCACUUUGAAUGCUUGGUAUUAUACGUUCCGAUAAGGUACAUGAUUUAAUAUGCAGUAUUGAUUCUAAAUUAUCUGUUUUAAUAUGAUCAUUUGUUAUCAUAAAUUUAGUCGACAUUAUUCGAAAUUACUGCGUUUAACUGUAAUCUCUAACUGAGCGAACAUCGCACAUAUAAAGAUGUUAAACUUUUGAAUUCAAAUUCGUAACAAAAAUCGCAAGUAAUAAUACCAACAUCUUGCAGAAGUUUAUAAAAUGUGUACACGUUGGUAACACUGUUACUUGACGAGCUGCUAUUUCCUUUUACUUUGUAAAAAGCGCGAAAUAUUUAAGGGUGUUUUCAUAAUAAAUUAAAUUAUUUCUCAAGAAUUCUAUUCUAUUUCUGUUCGCAUCGAAAUAAUAGAUUUAUUUAUAUGCGAUCUUUUUGGACGAGAGUGAACGGUGAAUGUGACGGAGCCGAUAAUAAUAUUCACAAGUUUAUUCUUUCUCUUGUGUAAUCAUUUAUAAUUUAUCAUGAAUUAUUGAAUAAAAUUAAUAUACAAUA